CAUUGAAUGUAUUUAUUUAUUUAUUUUUGUAAUAGAUUAGAUUGGUCUCAGAGUGCAAGGACAAAGGCAGCUUCAACUCUUAGAUAGAGCUAUAGUUUAAAAAAAUCAUAGACCAGGACAAAGUCUAGCUGACCAGCAAUGUGAUAAAUACAGUCAGACUGUUACAGGUAUGGUAUGGAAACAUUUUGCUGCAAAUGUUUAUAUCUACACAAACAGAUUUUCUGUAUUGGCAUUUGACAGGCCAUUGUACUGUAGACGAGGGGUGGCGAGACGGUGACACGCCCCUGCCCUGUUGGUGUGGCACGUUCUGACGCUUUUCCACGUCGCAGUUCUCGUUGUCCCCAAUGGUAAGCGGUUGCGUGUACGACUCGAGUAAGGCCGGAGAAAGAUGGCGGCGCCCGUCCUGAGAGUGUCCACCCCUCGAUGGGAAAGAAUAGCCAGGCUCCUUGUUUGCGUCUUGGGUAUAUUGUUGUCCAUAUACGCUUUUCACGUGGAAACGGAAAAGUCUAGAGACUCGAAUUAUCGGGCCAUGUGCGACGUGAGCAAUUCUAUCAGCUGUUCAAAAGUCUUCACCUCCAGGUAAUUUGAAUUCACCAGCGGCUCUCUGAAUGAGACUGGGUGGCAUUGUGGGAACGGCUGCGCGGGCUGAACUGUCAAAUAUAUAUAUAUAUAUAUUUUUUCUUCUUUCGUAUGCACCUCUUCUUUAGUACACUUUACAAUUUCUGUAAAAAAAAAAAAAAAUGCAAUGGUUUUCGCCCCCAAAAAACGUCCAAAAGUUAUAAUCAGAAGCUUGCAUACUGUUGAUAACAAACUUAGGCUGGCAUGUUUUACUGUAGAAGCUAGUGUAACGUUAGUUGUUUAGCCAAAUUGCUAACGCUACGCUACUUAUUCACCAGCCAGCAACUAACGCUAGCUAGCUACUAACUGUCUGUUUGUUUGCUAGAUGCCAGGAAGUGGUGUUUUUUUUUCUUCAUUUGCAUGGAUGCACAUGUUACACAUUUUUAUAAUUCAAACUUCUAAACACAUAUUGCUUUCAUUAGAUUGCUAAAUUAGCCAACUAGCUAGCGAAUACGGCGCCACCGCCGGCAGCAAACUAACAUUGGCUAGUUACUAAGCUAGCCGAGCUAGCGAGACGAGAUCGGCG